CUGUCUGCGAAAACAGAUCAACGAAACUCCUACUCUUAAAGACAUCAGUUAAACAACCGCAUUUGCGGUCAACCGCGUCACAACCAAUUGCUCGUGCACAUCAUUAUUGGAGAAGAAUUAAUUUAAAAUGUAUUUCAAAUUAAUAUUUCUAAUAGUUAUUUGUAGCGUUUUUAAAGUGAGCUUACAAGGCGACAAGGAGUUUGUUUCAUCAGUGUUACAACCUAAACGAAGAGGUCCAAACUGGUUGUCGUAUGCGGGAAAGUCAUACUAUAAAGGAAUUGUUUUCAAGGCUAACUAUUUUAAGGCUACUCAAUUUUGUCGACAACAAGGCAUGCAAUUGUUAAGUAUAAACAGCGAUUUGGAAGAUAAACGAAUACGAAAGUUUAUUAAUGACACAGGCAUUGGAACAGGAAUAUACUGGACAUCAGGUACCAAACUAGUUGGAGGCAAUCAGUGGGUUUGGUUAUCAACAGGUCAACCUAUGGAUUACACAAAUUGGGCAGAUGGUGAACCUUCGGGCUUAAGUCUUGAUAAAACUAAGGAUGAAAAUUGUAUAGUCUAUGAUUAUUUUAAAGGAAUCAAAGCCUGGAAUGAUAUGAAUUGCCACGAAGAACAAUAUUUUUUUUGUGAAACUGUAUCAGAAUGUGAUAAAGCUCAAAAUUAGGUUUAUGUUUUCAUUAUAUUUCUAUCAAAUAUAUUUACUGAAUCUGGCAAAAUAAAUAAUAUGAAUAAAUUAAAGAGAAGGUUAUCAGUUGCCACAUCAUACUCAGUGGCGUAACCAGGGUUGGUUUUGAGGGUUAUAGUACUCCCCUCCCCCCCAUUGGUACUUUGAGCUCUAUACGAUUAACUCCAUUACUAUUCCAUACACCCCAGAGACCCUCCAGUAGUUGUAAUCCCCCCUUAGGACUUUUCUGCUUACGCCGCUGAUCAUACUAUACUACCAAAGUUGUUCCCAGCUGCAUUCUUGCUGUAAGUCUCUUGUUCUUGAAAGAUACAGUCAGAGCAUCUCUAUUUCUGAAGCCGCACUAUUUAUAGUACAAUCAUUCAAGCUUAAAAUGGAUCCAAACCUCGCAAUUCUAAUUGCCUUCAUCGAUCUUCUUGAAAUUUUGAAAAUAACUUCAUUUUACCCUCCUCUUCAAACCUGACUCGGUCGCAAAGUAUGCUUUUUAUGUUUAGGGGGUGAAAACUGCUCGCUUACUCCAAUAAAUUGAAAACUAAUGAAUUAAAGCGGUAAUAGGCUAUAAUUAUGUUCAAAUAUGUUAAAUGUUGAUUAUUUUAAAUGAUGACUUUAAUAUUCUAAUAUUUUACAGCUCACAACCCUUAAAAACAACCCCUCAUACAAAGAUUAUUUAAAAAAUAUGGUCACGAGACAUAAAUUUUUUGAUUUUGUAUUGUAAUAGGAGAAUUUUUUUCCUUCAAGCACAAUAAAUCUGGCACUUAAUUUUUUUAAUAAUGCAACCAUCAAAAUCCACCCCUAAGAAUGAAACUUAGUAAAAAGUUAAAAAUUAUUAAACGGAAGCAGUUAUAGACAACAAUCUGUUUAAACAUGUUGUUCAAUAUUUUUUGUUUUUUUACAAUGUUACUAUUAGUUCGAUAUUUUUAUGUGUAACUACCCUUAAAAACUACCCCUCAUAGAGUUAUUAAAAAAUGGCUGAGAUUAUGAAAUCAUUCUAUUUUCGAUCUUAAAUAUAAAAAAUAUAUAUUAUUUAAUUAUAAAAUACCUGAUACAUACAAGUUUUUAUUUUGAUUCAACCCCUAAAAACUACCCCUUAUCAUAAAAAAAGAAUGUGUGUGUACUUUGUACGCACGUAAUAAGUUAUACUUCUAUUAUAUAAUUAUAUGAUUAUAAACGAAAUUAAUAUACUUUUUAUUUAUAUUUUAUUUUAAUAUUAAACUAAUUUAUACUUACUACUUCUCAAACAUUUUUAUUAAAACAGUGCCAAAAAUUAAAAUAAUAAAAGAAUAAAACACACACAAACACAUUAAAAAUGCCACAAAUGAUUUCUGAACAUUAAUUGUCGGAAAAUUUUUUAACUAAAUACGUAUUUUCUGAAAAUAAAAUUAUAUAAUAAAUAUACUUACAAUCAUAAAAUGUAUAAAAAAAAUAAAAGUUUCUAUUGGGAUUCUAACCAACUUACCAGCGCGGCUGGUAUUGGCGUUGUAUUGGGGUUCACUCGUAUUAAACGCUUCGCCACGGAGACAGUGUGUCAUUAUAUGCGAAGAUCCCCUAACUAAACGGAUUAAACUUUUGACAUUUUUGAAUUAUGUAAAUCAAAUUAUUUUGAUUUUGAAUUGAAAUGGUUUAGAAUUGAAAAAAUACAACAAAACAUAGAGUAAGAAAACAAUAUAUUAGGUGAAUAUUGAUAGAAAUUUUGAUGGUAAUCAAAUUAUGUAAAUAAAAGUAUUACAUACUAUGUAUUUUGGUAGUUUCAGAUAGGUAGGUACCUAUGAUACAUUUACAAUUAUUACAUACCUGUUGCUUUAAAAACUAUUUAAAAAUCACUACAAUUAUAAACUUUUUUGUUUCUGUCCUCACAACAAUAAAACUAAUAUAUUAUACAUUUGUUUACCUUCAUAUUGAACAAUUAUUUAUUAUUGACAGAUCAUUUCAACACCCAAUCAGAGCCCGUAUAACGACUAAUAAAUUUCGCAAUCACUUGCAUCGUGCAAAGUGGCUAUGUUCAAAUAUCAUAACAAAAUUUGAUCAACUAUUUUUAAAACACUUACCAGUGUAAGAUUCUUUACCUUUGAAUAAGCGAGAUCGUAGAUCGUCCCGGUUGAUUGUUGUUAUCCACAGUUCUCUACGCCUUCGAACUAAUAGGUUUUAUCAGUAAUUUUGCGGCACUCAUACUAGUCACAGUUUGAUGCGCUUUCACAUUGCCAUGCAACAAUCAUCUCUUCUAUGUUAAUAAGUCCAAAAAUAUAAUAUGAAAAUUAUUUAAAAAGGCAGUAUAACCAUUAACUAACUUUUUGUUUGCUGUUUCUCUCCCUACAAAUUUUAAAACGCAACAACCAUACAUAACCAAACCACAGUCCCACAGCUGUGCCACAGCUGCCAUAUUGGAUAAUUUUUGUCAUGUCAUUUGAACAUCCAAUCAGAACAAAGUUGUAAUUCGACUGCGCCGGGAUCAAAGGUUUUAAUCCUAUUAAAAUUCACCCUCAUAUCGCGCGUAAAGAAGUAUAACUUCAAAAAUAGGGGAAAAAUCUUUUUGCAAGCUUGAAGUAAUAUAUAUAAUAGAAUUCGUUAAGAAAAUGAAAAUAAUUAAUUGUUGCUUAUGAUUUAAUGAUGUAUUUAUAAAAUUUGUAUCCCAUAAAAAUAUACGUUUGAGGGAAAUUAAAUAUUUUAAACUUCACAUUUUGGUGAUAAUGAAAAAUAUUUAUUUUACAACAUAAUUAAGUAUAAAAUUAAUAUGAUUUUUAAAGUAUAUAUCAAUAAUUUAACUUCAACUUCCAAUUUCGUCAAUUUCUUCUGCAUCAACUUCCUUUUCUUCUUGGUCGACAGGAGAACAAUUUUGGUAGCUAUAACCAGAACAAAAACCACAAGAUUAAUUGCAAUAUAAUUACGGUGACCAUCUGUACUUAUUUAAGUAGGACAGUACUUAUUUUUAAAUAUUGUCCUAAUGUACUUUAAAACCUUUCUAAGGACACGCAAAUGUACUUAUUUUUUCUAAAAAAAUUAAUAUUUGUAUCUUUUAAUAUUUUUAAACAAAUAUCUUUGUAUACUGUUCUCAGUUGUUUAUAUUUGGCACGUUUACUUAAAUUACAGCAGAUAACAAUAACACAAAUACUAAUUUUGGUGGAAUUAAAAGACAAGAUAUUAAUAACUUAUUUUUACUAAAUUGACUAAUUCUUACGGGAAACCUUGAAUCGGUAUUGGAUGUAUUGCUCACAUAUUCAACAAUUAUUGUAUUCAACGUGCUACUGAUGUUUUACCAAUUUAUAUCGAAGUCAUAACAGUGAAAAUUUAUAAGCAUUUCUAUAUUUACACUGUUAGAGUUGAUAAACUAAAGUAAUUUUGUGAAUCGGUCAAUUACGAAUACAAAAAAAUAUCAUUUUCAAAAACACGAUUUCUAAACAUGAUGCCUGCAAUUGAACGGAUUUUACAAAUAUUUGAACCACUUAAAGCUUAUUUCCUGUGAUCUGAAAAUUGUCCCACAAUUUUGGGACAAUUUUUUAUUGAUCUCAUUUCAGAGAUGUGGAUGUGGCUCGUUCAUAAUGUGGCGUCUCAGUUUCAUGAAGCCAUUCUGAAAGUAGAAGGUGGUAAAAUAAAUGCGGCAGAUGCUGCCCAAGAAUACUUUAUUCUUAAAAACAAAUUACAACAUCGCAUCGGUUGGACGCAUUAUUUUUGCCGCUUAAAGUGAGAGAAUGUCUUGAUAAACUUGAAGACGGACAAGCCGCUACUGAAAACUUCAGUACACAAGUGAGACAUUUUUACACAAAAUGUGUAACCUACCUAGAAAACUGGAGUACAAAAUAUUCAUGAGUUGAAACUUUUCAAAUGGAUAUGUCUAGAAAUGAAAUAACAUGGAACGAUGUUUGCUAUUCUUUCGAAGCUUUUAAACUGUAUAUCAAGGCAACCGUUUUAAAUGAAGAUCAACUCUUUGACGAACUGGGAAUUUUGAAAGAUGUGGCUACAAGUCAAAAAAUUGCUGAGUGGAACAAUUGAUUAAUAACUAGAGUGGGUGUUUUAUAAUCAAUGGUGUAACAGAUAAGAAAAAAAUAGUCAGGAUCGAUGGCUUGAAGUUUUUAAGUGUGUAGAUCAAUUCAAACUGAAAAACUUACAAAUAUUAUGCAAAUUUAUUUUUUGUCUUCCGGGUACUAGUGCAGCUAUCGAGCGUUUAUUUGCUGUAAUAAAUAAUUAUUGGACGUCGGAAAAGUUACAAAUGUCCAUUUCUACUCUCAAGUCAGUGAUGCAGGAGUACACAAAUUUGGAUGAGACUUGUAAUGAAAUAUUUCAUUUACUUCAGUCGAAGCCGGACCUUCUUAAAUUAAUUUUAAGUUCAGAAAAAUAUGAAUGGUACAAAAACCGGAAGAAGAUGAAGCUAUUCCAGGUCCCUCAUCUAAAAACUUUUAAUUACAGUCUUCUAACUUUUUUAAAGUUAAUAUAAUGUGUUAUGUUUAGUUCAAUUGAUAUAAUUUUUUAUGUUUAUUUAUUUUUACUGGCAAAAAGUUGUUUGUCCAAUAAACAGAUACAUUUUGCGUUUUUUAUACAUUUUUGUUGUUUUUUGUACUUUUUUUUCUUUAAAAAGAUAUGGUCACCGUAAAUAUAAUCCAAGUUUGCGACACCCACCAGUUGAGCCACAUCCUUUUUUGCAAUUGCAAAAUAUCAUUUUAAGUAGUUCUUCUGGUGCAGGAAUUUCAUUCUUCUGGUUCAUUUUGUUUGGUACCAAGGUGCCAUUCACUUUUUUCCAUCCCCAAUCAGCAAAAUUGUGAGUUUUGUUGCCCGAUAUGUAAAUACAAAUCAAACACUGUAUGUAUAAACAGUGCCGGAUUUACCACUAGGCCGACUAGGCCACGGCCUAGGGCCGCAAGCAAAAGGGGGCCGCAGCGUUUUGUAAAAACUUUUUUGUAAAAAAAAUUUGCUAAUUGAAUUGAAAUUAGUAAACAAUUUUUCAAAUAAAAGAAUGGCUAUUCUAGUAAACACGUGGUACGGUAUUUUACAACGUUUUGACAAGAGUAGCAAAACAGUAACUGCUACAGACUUGAAUGUGACUUGCAACAUACAAAUCUCUGAAGGAGUAUGCAUUGAGUCUGAGAGACAACUUUGAUUCCUAUAUGAAAAAAGAGAAAAAGAGUUGUCUAAAAAUGAAAUCUAUAUUCUUGAAAUAAAAAGACGCCCUAAAAGAAAAGCUCUCCCUGGCUAAGACAAAGAAGAUAAAUCCACUGAACCCCACUUUAAUGGCAAAGAAAACUUAAAGAUUCAAUGUUGUAAUUGACACACUUAAUUCAGAAUUGAAUGAAAGGUCUGAAGUUUAUUUCAGUCUUAAUGAAGAAUUUGGAUUUAAAACAACUUAUCGUCAAUUUCUAAUGAAGAAAUCGGGGCAAACGUUUCUAUUUUGACUAAAAAGUAUCGAAUCGACAUACAUGGCGACAUUGGAGAAGAGUGUGUACAGUUCAAGAGCUUUAUUGAAGGUAUAUUUGAUAAAGAAAGAGAACCUUAUAAGAACAAGAUUACCAAGCCUCCCAGAAAUACACUUUUGGAGUAUCUGAAAAUUACUCAUGAAAAACAGUUAACAACAUUAUUUCCGAAUAUGGACACGACUUUGCGCAUUCUACCAUGCAUGAUGACAUCUAAUGCAUCUGAAGAAAGAUCAUUCAGCGUGUUGAAAAGAAUCAAAAACUACUUGAGUAACUCGACUUCUAAGAUUAUAUGUAGAUUGUCUAGUUCGGCCAGUUUUGUUUCAAAUGCUUAACUUUUUCAAGCCUUAGAUUUUAAAAAUUUGAUUAAAGAUUUUGCAGCCAAAAAAGCUAGAAAAUCGAGUUUUUAGAGUUUAGAUAUGAUAUUUAUUAUAAGAGAAUAAUGAAUAAUGAUUUGAACGAUCUAGAAGUUUAUUUGUUGUAUUCUUAUGCCUGGUUGCACCAACAGAUCUUAAGCUUAAGGCGUGCAUUAACGAAACAUAUGCGUUGCACCAUUGAGUCUUAGAUCAACUUUCAGCUUGCCACAAUCGAUUGUCAUGUGCAUUGCAUUGAUAAGAAUUGAAAAUUACAACGUAUGUGACACUUAAAUCGGCCCUAUCUAUAAGCUGAGCUGGGUUAAGCUGGAGAUUAAGAUUUGUUGGUGCAACCAGGCAUUAAUAUUUUUAUUUUUCAUAUUAUUUUGCUUGUUCUUUUACUUAUAAUGUCUUUUCAACUCGGCUUUUUUAAUUUUUUGUUGUCAUCUGUACUUUUCCCUCCGAAUUAAACAAAUGGUAUUUAAUUUUAACAGUUAACUACAAUACUAAUUAUUUAUAAUAUAAUCAUUUUAGCAAUAUUAAUAAUUUUACAAACAACUGCUGUUUGCUAACAUUUUGAAUUAUAUAUUUUCUUCUUUUAUCUUCUUCUUAAGGUGCCUUCUCCAUUACUGAACGUUGGCUAUAACUACAGGAUAUUGUUCUCUAUCUUUAGCGGUUCUUAGUAUCGAAUGUGUGUCCAUGCCUGUCCAGUCUCUCACGUUCUUCAGCCAGGAGCAUUUUCUUCUUCCUUGACCUCUUCUUCCUUCCACUUUCCCUUCCUUUAUGAGUCGUAAAAAGUUGUAUCUUUCUUCUAUGUAAAUUUUUUCCUAGAUAACUCGUUUUUCUGUUUUUUUACAAUAUUUAGGAAUUCUCUCUCAGUCUCCAUUCUUCUUAGCACCUCGUUGUUGGUCACGUGAUCUGUCCAAGAGAUCUUCAGCAUCCUUCGAAAAACCAACAUCUCAAAGGCUUCUAUGAAUAUAGAAUUCUUUCUAUAGAUUUUCUUUUUCGAAAUUUCUAUAAAUAUAGAAAUUGUUAGAGCUGUUUUGGGUUUUAGCCAAAUUUGCUAACCAAGAUUAUUUAAUUAGUAAAUAUAUUUCAACCUAUUUUUUAUGUCCGUAUUCAAAUAGAACAUUAGAGGAAUUUCUAUUCAUUUAUGUUAUACUUUGUAUUACGAAUUUUAAAAAGUAAAAUUAAAAUAAACGUUUUAGUUAUUAUUAUCCAGAUUUAGCCAUACGGCUCACACUCCCUCUAAGGGGAAAAUUGACUCAUCCCAGAUACCUACGGUAUCAAAAGGAUUGAGCUCUGGUGGGACUCUUUCCGUGUUAUCGAGCCCUAUGUGACUUGGUAUGCAGGUGUAUCUCCCAAAAAUUUUCGUACGCAUCUGGCCGUUGCGAGUAGUACUGCUUUCUGCAUGGUCUUAUAAAGAUGUUCAUUAAGACCCAGCUUUUUUAUGCUUUCGAGGAGGGUCUUCGGAAUGACUCCAGUAGUAGACAUAAUAAUCGGUAUCGUCUGGGUACUUUGCAUUCUCCAUUGUCUUCGUAUUUGAAUUUCCAGAUCUCUGUACUUGGCGAUCUUUUCAGUAAAUUUAGUACGUAGAUUAUUGUUGUUAGGAAUCGCCACAUCAAUGAGGGUUGUUUGUCUCGUUAAUUUAUUGACUAAUACGAGAUCUGGUCUACUAUGCGCCACUGUUUGGUCUGUGAGCACAGUGCGGUCCCAGUAUAGCUUGUAGUUGCCAUCCUCAAGCAUACUCUCAGGGACGUAUUGAUAAUAUGGGAGAUGGUCGGUUUGGAGAAGUCCCAGCUUGAUAGCUAUCUCCUGAUGAAGGAUUUUUCCCACUGCGUCAUGCCGUUCCUUGUACUCAGUUGCAGCAAAUGCCUGGAAGCCCCCUGUAAGAUGUUGGAUGGUUUCUUGGGCUUGACAUCCAUAUCGGCAUCUGUCGUUUUGAACAUGAGGGUCUUUGAUGAUAUAUUUCAGGUAAUUUCUGGUUGGUAUAACCUAAUCCUGAAUGGCUAGUAAUGAGCCCUCCGUUUCAGGGAACAUCUUUCCUGAUGUCAACCAAUAGUUCGACGCUGUAUUGUCGACAUAGUCUUGGCUGACCUCAUUGGGAUGUCGCCCGUGCAGAGGUUUACCCAUCCAGGUGCGCAGUUUUUCGUCCUUAGUAAGGUGGUUUAUGCGCAUUUCUGGUUAACUCAGUUUGAUCGGUGUUGUGUCAUCUACUGCGCAAAUUGCGCGGUGUAGAGUAGAUGUCUCAACCUGCAUCUGAAAAUAAGUUCUUAAAUUAGCAAUCUGUUUAUCUAAUUGCUCACCUAUAUCCAUAAGUUCUCUUCCUCCUAAAUACCGGGGUAAUGUCGUUCGUUCUACUGCACUUUUAGGGUCGUGUUUUUGUGCCUUUGUGAGGUGUGUUCGUACUUUUCGCUGAAGAUUUUCUAUAUCCGUUUUUGUCCACUUAACAAUACCAAAUGAAUAGCUAAGCGCGGAACAAGCGUAGGUGUUUAGUGCCUUAAACAAAUUUUUACUGUUAGGCUGUGAACGAAGCAGCUGUUUUACCCUUCUUAUAAACUCAGUAGUUAUCUCAGUUUUCAUUUGCUUAUGGUCAAUUUUGGGUAAAGAGACAGUGAGGUCAAUUUGAAUCUGCUCCGAAAUUUAGCUUCAAAAUUACUGAGGUAUUGCGAACAGAUAAAUCACCAAAGUCUUACAAAGUGUAAAUAAGUGAAUUAAGUAAUUUAGAGUGUAAACUAAACAAGAAUUUUAAAAGUAAGAUCCAACCAUUAUUAACCUAACCUAGUUUUAAUAAAAAUAUAUUUUAAAUUACUAACAGUAAAACAAUAAUUAUCAUUAAGUUUUUUGGCACUGAUAAGAAGUCACGGUCCGCUGGGGCGACUAGCCGUUGCUUCUUUUCGCAGUGUUAGUGACUAAUAGACAGGGCCGUGCGGUGCUAUGAUGCGGUGAGGCAGCCGCAUCAGGCGCCAUCACAAGGGGGGUGGCAUAAUCAGUAAAAUAAAAAUAAAAAUUGAGUCAUUGAAUAUAUUGAGUCGAAUAAUUGAGUCAUUCAAUAUAUAGGACCAAGUGUCAGCCGAAAAUAGUCAACUGGUGAAGGUUUAACAGAACUUAUUUUGACAAAUUUGGAAAAAUUAGUUCUUGAUUUAAAAUGGCUCAGAGGACAAGGCUAUGAUAACGGGGUUAAUAUGAAAGGAAUAAGAAAGGGUGUGCAAAACAGAAUACUUAAAAAAUAUCCGAGGGCGUUUUACAUGCCCUGCGCAUGCCACUCUUUAAACUUAGUCAUAAAUGACGCAGCGUGGUCUUGUAUAGAAACAACCUUUUUUUUAUAUUAUACAAGACCUGUAGGUACACUUUUUUCUGGUUUUACAAAGCGUUGGGAGGAAGUUCUGAAAAGACAUGUUUCACAACACUAAAACCGUUGAGUACUACUAGAUGGUUAAGUCGAAUAGAUGCAUUGAAACCUCUAGGAUUUCAAUUUUGUGAAAUAUAAUAUAUUUCAUAUUAUGAUGAUUUUUUCGAAAUAAUAGAAGAUGUCAACAAAGAUUCAGAAACUAAAUUCAAAGCACGAGGAUUAGUAAAAAAUAUUAAAUAUUAUAAAUUUAUAUGCGGUGUAGUUCUUUGGCAUGAUAUUUUAUUUCAUAUAAAUUCAGUCUUGAAUAUGUUGCAACAUGUACCUAUUAUAACUAUAAAUUUGUCAGAUUGUGUAAAUAAAAAUUUUGUCAGAAACUAUAGAAAAAAUGAAAAGUUACUGACAAUCUGGCUAUGACCAAAUGAAAAUUACUGAUAAUGAAAUUGCAGAAAAUCUUGAUAGAAGUUCCGAAUUUUAAGCUGAAAAUUAAAUUUGAGCCAAGAGGAAAAAGCGUCAAUUUGAUCUGUGGAUCAGCUCUUAACAGAGGAAGAAAAAUUGAAAGUAAAUUUUUUCAUCUAUAUUUUAGACAUUGCCAUUAAUUUUUUGAUUGAUCGAUUUUCGCUCUUAGAAACUCAUAAUAAAAAUUUUUAAUUUUUUAUAUGAUACUUUUAAAUUGAGGGAAAUAGAUGAUAAAAUACUAGAAAAAUAUUUUAUUAAUCUUCAUUCAAUACUUUGCAAUCUUCUAGAAGAAUUGCAUGAUUUAUCCCAAAUGAUACCAUACUCCAUGAAACCUUUAGAGGUUUUGAAAUAUUUUUGCCAAAUGACCUAAUUUCUUUAUACCCAAAUGUAGUUGUAUCACUAAGGACCGGUACUAUAUGUCCCGAUUAAACCCCGUUUAUCGGAAUUUCGCAUGACAAAAUUCCUCUAACCGGGGUUUAAUCGGGACAGAAAGGUGCAGAAAGUACCGGCCCUAAGAAUUUUAUUAACACUCUCUGUCUUGGUAGCUAGGGGAAAGAAGUUUUUCAAAAUUAAAAAUGAUUAAAAACUAUUUACAAAGCUCCACAAGACAAACAAAACUAAAAAAAGCACUUAUUUCAAUAGAUUCCUCACUGGCUGGUACUUUAUACUAUACCAAUCUGAUUGACGAGUUUGCCAAAAUUAAAAAUAAAAGGGUAAAAUUGUAAUUUUUGUAAAUGUUAUUUAAUGUUAAUACUUGUAGGUAUUUCAAUUUAAAGUAUGGUUUGUUUUAAAAUAAAAGUUUUCGUUCA